GUGAUCGCGGGGUGUAGCGUCAUCAUGGCGGUGUGUAUAGCAGUCAUUGCGAAGGAGAACUAUCCACUGUACAUUCGGAGUGUCCCUACCCAGGGGGAACUGAAGUUCCACUACACAGUGCACACUUCUCUGGAUGUGGUGGAGGAGAAGAUCUCUGGAGUGGGCAAAGCCUUGGCUGACCAGAGGGAGCUUUAUCUGGGACUACUAUAUCCAACAGAAGACUACAAAGUAUAUGGCUAUGUGACAAACUCAAAAGUGAAGUUUGUGAUUGUUGUUGAUUCCUCCAACACAUCUCUGCGAGAUAACGAAAUUAGAAGUAUGUUCAGAAAGCUGCACAACUCCUUUACUGAUGUAAUGUGUAACCCAUUCUACAAUCCUGGGGAUCCUAUUCAAUCAAAGGCUUUUGAUGGUAUUGUUUCUGCUAUGAUGGUACAGGCCUCCUGAUCUUCUCUCUUUGCAGCUGUAUAUAUUUCCGUCAGUGUUUAUUGUGUGGUGAAAAUAAAUAUUUAAUGUGCAUUUCAUAAAA